AUGCAUCUCUUGCAUUAUUCAGGUUCAGAAGAAGUUAAAAUAUCAGUGAUAGUUCUAAUCAGAGACAGCAAGCAUACAAUCUUAAUAUCAAACAUCAACCGCUCCACCACGAACUCGCUCGAUUUUUCGAAUAAGAACCCGCCGAUAGAUCCAUCGAAAAGCCCUCGAUCAUACGAGCAUUUUGACCCCAUCGCCGACCGCAUACCCCGUGUGGUGGUGGAGUUAUCCAGCCAAACAUGA